AUGGGCAAACUCCAAAGCUUCGUUGGAGCUGCGCUCGUGGCCCUGACGCCAGUCCUCGGCGCGGAACUCAAGUUACCCGCGUCAGGCGAAAUGUCCAUUGUUUUCCCGCGCAACGAAACUUACGCCGUUGUGUCGCCAUUCCCCAUCGUAUUUGGGUAUCGAAACGCACCCGCCAUCCUCUCAUACGAUUCGCAACUCCGAUGGAACGUAGAUUGUGUUAACCAUACCCUCUACGGCUCGUCCACCGUCAACGGCUAUGACAACGCCGUUAUUCCCUCUGAACCCUACUUUGUGCUGAACUCCACAAAGACUUUGUACGAGUCCUCACCAGACUAUUUGAAGAACAAGGACGGGCCCUUUGGCAGCUUCAGGGCCAACUCGGACCGCUGCACCCUUACCUGGACGUUUUUCUACUGGACCGUCUGUCGUAAGUUGCCAAACGGCGGUACGCUUAUUCAAAGUGGCGUGGGAAGGAAGCAGGGCAACGUGACGUUUACGAUUCAGCCUGGGGCGACGUUGCCCCAUGAUGCUAUUGCCAAGUAUGAAGGCUGCCCUGUGGGUGGGCUGGCCGAGACAAUCAAGUCCGAGUCGUCGACGUUUUGUCCGGACACAGAUAAGAGUCCGGAUUUGGCCCCUUGCGAGCUGGAUGUUAAGCCUGCGGCGAGUAGUAUUGCUUCGGCAGUGGUGCCUGCAACGACUACGUUUACGGGGAGACCGACUUCAACUUCUGCGCCUGCGAGUACGAGCACAUCUGGUAGUGGGAGUAGUGGGAGCAGCGGGGAUAAGAAGUCGGACGCGGCUGGGUUGAGUGUUAAUGCUGGCAUUGGGCUGGUACUUGGCAUGCUGAUGGUUUGA